GUGCACAUCGCGUUCAGCAUCGCGCACUCAGACGCGCUCCUCUCUGCCUGAUGCCAUGACCGAGGCUGCCUCCAUCCUCUGCUGAGACACCAUGCGCUGCCGGCCAAGCUCUGCUGGAAUGAACCGAUGGAGAGAAGCUUUCAAGGGACUCUUCUGUGGAUUAGCGCCGCCAAAAUGCCUCAUUUGACAAAACCUCUGAUUUUACUUCUGUGUCUGGCUGUCACUGGCGAAUGCCGUGGGCACGGCCACCGGGUGCGCAGAUGGACUGGUACCGUAGAGACCCAGAAGAAUGGCCCCUCCUUGGCAAAGAAACCUCCAGAUGUGACCAAGUCUCGCAAAACAAAGACAGAAAAUCUGCUCAAAGUGGACGAUCACGACUUCACCAUGAGGCCGGCGUUUGCAGGGCCUGCCAUCCCGGUUGGAGUGGAUGUUCAGGUGGAAAGCUUGGACAGCAUCUCAGAGGUUGAUAUGGACUUCACCAUGACUCUGUACUUGAGGCACUACUGGAAGGACGAGCGCCUGUCGUUUACCAGCAGCACCAAUAAAAGCAUGACGUUCGAUGGGCGCCUGGUGAAGAAGAUCUGGGUCCCCGAUGUCUUCUUUGUCCACUCAAAGAGGUCCUUCAUCCAUGACACCACCACCGAUAACAUCAUGCUGCGUGUCUUUCCUGACGGACAUGUCCUCUACAGCCUGAGAGUAACAGUGACGGCAGCCUGUAACAUGGACUUCAGCCGCUUUCCUCUGGAUUCGCAGACCUGCUCACUGGAAUUGGAGAGCUAUGCCUACACUGAUGAAGACCUGAUGCUCUACUGGAAAAAUGGAGAUGAGUCUCUUAGCACUGAUGAUCGUAUCUCCUUGUCACAGUUCCUCAUCCAGAAGUUCCACACCACGUCUCGCUUGGCCUUCUACAGCAGCACAGGCUGGUACAAUCGUCUCUACAUCAACUUCACGCUCCGACGCCACAUCUUCUUCUUCCUGCUGCAGACAUACUUUCCUGCCACGCUCAUGGUCAUGCUUUCGUGGGUGUCGUUCUGGAUCGACCGCCGCGCAGUGCCGGCCAGAGUGUCCCUGGGCAUCACCACAGUGCUGACCAUGUCCACCAUCAUCACCGGAGUGAACGCCUCCAUGCCCCGGGUGUCCUACAUCAAGGCGGUGGACAUCUACCUUUGGGUCAGCUUUGUCUUCGUCUUCUUGUCCGUGUUGGAGUACGCCGCUGUUAACUACCUGUCCACCGUCCAGGACCGCCGGGAGCGCAAGAUGCGAGAGCGUGCACGUUCUCAGUCGCUGCCCUGCACCUGCGGCAUCUCCCAGACGCGAACCAUGACCAUGUUGGACGGCACCUACAGCGAGGCCGACACCAACAGCCUGGCCGGCUACACUCAGGAACCAAUGGUGCCAGAGGAGGAGCAGGAGGAGCUGCACGAGGUUCUGGAGAAACCCGAACGCAUGGUGGUCCACAUGUCGAUGAGCAGCGAGUCGACCACCACCAAGAAGAAGAAGAGCCUCCGCACCCUCAACAUAAUCCAGAACACGCACGCGAUCGACAAAUACUCCCGGAUGAUUUUCCCUGGUUCCUACAUCUUUUUCAACAUUAUCUACUGGUCCGUCUACUGCUGAACUGCAGUUAUCAACUCAACCCACAGAGAACCAACACUACAUCCGAGUGGGACAAUAAUCCUACAGGCGAUGUUGUGCUGGAUGCCUGGUUCUACAUACAACAGGAUUUUUUUGUUUUCUCGUGCAGCAAUCUGAAUGUUAAUUACCGCUGUAAACUAUAAACAAAGAAACUACUGAUGCUAAUGCCUUGAGUCUCAGCUUCUAUAACUGUCGAGUGCUGUUGAAAGUUAAAUUGUUGUGAGAUACUCAAUUGACAAGUCUCUUAACAUGUAUUUAUUUAAAAAGCUUGUAAAGCAGUAAAUCAUGAUUAUUAUUCCA